AUGAUCCAAUCCAACGAAGAUCUUAUAACAAAAAGCAUAACAGCUGAACGUUCACCUUAUCCUAUGAAACAAUAUGCGACUAACGGUUGCAAUGUUCCUCUGAGCAAAAAUUGGUUGGAUUCUUGGUGCUCCAUGCCGGCACAUUCUCAAACGGUUCUUAAAGAUUUGCUCAAUUACAAUGUCAGGUCGGAUGAUAUAUUCGUUGUGACAUUUAUGAAAAGUGGAACCACAUGGAUGCAAGAGGCUGUCUGGCUUCUAAUGAAUAAUUUAGAUUUCAAACAAAGUAAUCAGUUGUCAAUAACACAGAGAAGUCCAUUUCUGGAAUUACAAGCAAUAAGUCCUUACUUUCCCAGUCCUAUGGAGUUGAGCAAAAAGUUAUCUAGCCCACGUGUUCUAAAAAGCCAUAUGCCACCAAAUUUGCUACCACGGAAGUUAUGGAGUAGCAAGGGAAAGAUUAUUUAUGUGGCUCGCAAUUGUAAAGACGUUGUGGUUUCCUCCUAUCAUUUUUGCAAAAAUGUUGGAACAUGGAUUGGAAAUAAUUUUGAGGAUUAUGCUCAAGAUUUUAUGAAUGAUGAAGUCAUUUCCUGCCCCUACUGGUCACACCUAAUAGACUUUUGGAAGAUGCGCCAUGAACCUCAUAUAUGUUUUGUAACAUAUGAGGAAAUGAAAAAGGAUAUGCGAGGAGUUAUUGUGAGACUAUGCGAAUUUUUGGAAAGACCACAAUUAGCACCUGAAGAUAUGGAGAAAUUAUUGGAACAUCUUUCCUUUUCUAAUAUGAAGGAUAAUAAACAGGUGAAUUUGACGUCUGAAAUAAAACAACUUAGUAAAGAAGUCAAAGAUGAAUUUGAGUUCAUGCGCCGUGGCAUUGUGGGCUCUUUUAAAGAUGAAAUGACUCCUGAGUUGCAAGCUAAAAUUAACAAAUGGUCUGAAGAUAUUCUAGUUCAACAUGGUCUAAGUGAAGAAGAAAUUUUUGGUAGCCUAUAA